AUGGACGCGGUUUCUACAGCAACCCAGGGCGCCCUGAGGCUGCGACCCGGAAGGAGAAAGAUUUCGAGGGGGCGGGCCAGAAAUUCGAAGCUGACUUCCGGGUCGCGGCGGCGCGGGUGCUCACGUGGGGAUGCUUGGCCUGCUAGUAGACCAGUAAUGGUCAGCAAGACUCAGAAAGCAGACCUGGGCCCUCGUCUCUCAGAGAAGAAGAAAAAGAAGAAGAAGAAAAAGAGGGUGGUUACAAAUGUCUCAGAACCAGAGACUCAGUACUCAGUCUUAAACAGUAAUGAUUAUUUUAUAGAUGUUUCUCCUCCAAGGGCCACAUCCCCUUCUAUCAAUGUGGGUGAGGUACAGGUCCCCGAGAUGUCACUGGGCAAGAGAAAGAAGAAAAAAAAGUCCUGUAGCACUUACUUGGAGGAGUACCUGGGGACUGAGCCUACACAGGCAAGACAGAAAAAGUCGCCUAGCCCUAGAAGGCAGGUCCUUGAGCAGUCAGCAGAAGGCCUCAUCAGAGAGAAGAAAAAGAAGAGGCGGAAGUCCUUAUCCAAGGCUGCCUCCCAAGGCUCAGGGCUGAAGACUUCCCCAGACCCCAAGCAUGCCAAGGAGGUAAGCAAAGCUGGUAGGAAGUCCAAAAAACACAGGAAGGAAAAGAAGGUUCCUGACAUGGAAGCCUUUGCUCCCCAGGACUCUUGGCUCUAUGAGGCUGGGGAUACUCUGUGCUCAUGCUUAGAGGGGGCAGAGGCUGAGGAGCAGGCAGCCUUGGGGCAGAAAAGGAAGCAGGGGAGCCCCAGAGAUCAUAGCAUGAAGAAAAAGAAGAAGAAGACCCACCAGGAGGGAGACAUCCUCUUGGUGAACUCCAGGAUCUCCAUGGAGAACAGCCUGAAGAAAGGGAGUAAGAAGUCAGUCAGAAGUGAAGCUUUGGAGUUCAUCCCCAUGGACGGCCUGAAGGCCCCUGGGAAGAAGAAAGUCAAAUCCAAGAAAAAAGUGGAACAGCCAGUUGGUGAAGGGCUGGCUGUGAAAAGGAAGAAAAAGAAGAAGAGGAAAGAGAACGGAGUAAAGGAAGACCCCUGGCAGGAGGAAAAAGAGGAGUCAGACACAGACUUGGAGGUGGUACUGGAGAAAAAAGGCAACAUGGAUGAGACUUGCAUAGAUCAGGUGAGACGGAAGGCCUUGCAAGAAGAGAUUGAUCGUGAGUCGGGCAAGACAGAGGCUUCAGAACCCAAAAAGUGGACGGGAACCCAGUUUGGCCAGUGGGACACUGCCGGCUUUGAAGAUGAAGAACAGAAGCUAAAAUUCCUGAAGCUUAUGGGUGGCUUUAAGCAUCUGUCCCCAUCAUUCAGCCGCCCUCCCAGCAUGACUGUCAGGUCCAACAUGGCCCUGGACAGGAAGUCUUCAGAAAUGCUCCAGCAGAGUCUGCAGCAGGACUAUGACCGGGCCAUGAGCUGGAAGUACAGCCACGGAGCUGGCCUGGGCUUUAACUCUGAGGCCCGCAAGGUCUUCUACAUUGACCGGAACGCCUCCAAGUCUAUCAAGUUGCAAGAUUAAAUUUAUUGUCCUGUUCUUCAAACUCCAUUUCUUGAUCAGUUUUGCAUCCAUCAAGUUGGCUUGAAAUAGUCACCUGCAGUUAUUGAGGACCAGUAUGAAUUGCUAAAGCCUCCUAUUUUCUGUGUUAAACAUUCCACCUCCUUGGGUGACAAUAUUUUAAUAGUAGCUAGCAGUUGUUGGCACGUGAAGGGUCCUGACUAAAGUGUUUUCCUUGUAUUGAUAUACUUAAACCUAAUUAUGGAAUGGGUGCUAUUCUCAUCUCCAUCAAGUUCAGGGAUAAUCAAAUGACCCAGGGUCGCCUUCUGUUAAGUGCCAUCGAGAGUACAUCACCCAGAGUUACUCAGUGAUCAGUGGAGACAGCACGUGUUAUGCCAUGACUUCCACGUGGACUAGCAAGUUUGUUUCCCUUCUCCCUUAUCAGGAGGCAGGUAUGGUGCACCAGGCAGAUGUGGUUGAGCUUCCCCUCUGUGGCCAAUACACCUCUGAGCUGGCUUCUUUCCAGCUGUCACCCUUCCAUCAGACUGCUAUGCUUGGAUUUGAUGGUGCUGUAUCGGUGGAUCUCAAACAAGGCAUUCUGGACAGCAGGUAAUCCUGCGUAUGAACCCAUGACAGAUUCUCAGCAGCAUGUUCUGUGGCUGUUCACUAGACAGAAGACCUUGGACACUUGUGUGAUGAAAUCAGAUGUAAGGAGUGGAGAAGAAGAUAAUUUAUCUGCUGCAGGCACCAUACUCCACCCACCCCCACACCCCCAAAAAAAUCACAGCAAUCUUCAUGGAGCUCCAGAUACAGAGACCCAUGUGACAUGAUUUUCUCUUCCACCAGCUUUUGGCAGUCUGGUAUCAAGGCUCAGAUAAGGUUAUUUUAUGUCUUGGCCUGAUGUCUCACAGGCAGAAACACUGUCUGGGGGAUGGGGGUCGUUGGUGGAGGGAUUGACUCAGCCAGGACAUUCAUCCUCCCGGCACUAUCAUCAGUGUUGGUGUCUCCAUGCUGCUAGGAAGAUGAGAGGCAACUCCAGGCAUUCCAGAGAUGGGAGAAAAGCCUCUUAAUGACCAAAGAAACUUCCGUCAGUCCUUCAGGAAACCUUUUAUGGUUUUAUUCAACUCUGUAGUUGUUCCUCUAUCA